AGAUGGCGGUGACGCAACAACAGUGACGGCGGCGAGAUAAACAGGGAGUGAAGAAGAGGACUGCGGGGGAGCUGCCUGCAUCACCAGGAACUCUCAGAACCGGACGGGAGAAGAAAAGAUGGCGUUCACAUUCGCGGCCUUUUGUUACAUGCUCGCCCUGCUGCUCACGGCGGCGCUUAUCUUCUUCGCUAUCUGGCACAUUAUAGCAUUUGACGAGCUGAAGACCGACUACAAGAAUCCUAUAGAUCAGUGUAACACUUUAAAUCCGCUGGUGCUUCCAGAGUAUCUCAUCCAUUUCUUCUUCUGUGUGAUGUUCUUCUGUGCGGCCGAGUGGCUCACCCUCUGUCUCAACCUGCCGCUGCUGGCUUAUCAUGUUUGGAGGUAUAUGAGCAGACCUGUGAUGAGCUGCCCAGGACUCUACGACCCAACAACCAUCAUGAAUGCUGACAUCCUGGCGUACUGUCAAAAAGAAGGCUGGUGCAAACUGGCUUUCUAUCUCCUGUCAUUCUUCUACUAUCUCUAUGGGAUGAUCUACGUGCUGGUGAGCUCUUAAACCGGACGAUGAAGGACAAGGACCUGCAUGUACAGUAGACGACCAGACACUAUGAACUUAGUGCUGCUACACUGGACCUGCUAGAGACCACCGCUCAACAACACAAGGCGCCAUUUCAAGCGGACGAACUCUCCAACCCCCCCCCCCUCAAACAUUUAGCCCGUCUUAAAAGAAAAUCAUGGUUGAGGCGUUCUUCUCAUAACAUUACAGUCUAACAUUUUAUAGAAAAUAAGGACAAAACCUCAUCAACGGACAAGUUUUCUUUUUUUUCUUUUAAGGGUGUGGUGAUUUUUUGAUACUUGGGAUUUAAAUAAAGUUUUGUUUUCAUCUUGGUUCCCAGGUGUGCGUUUACCUGAGAAUCUGAGCUGCGUUCGCUUUUUUCUGCUGAUUACAUUCGGAGCUUUAACAGCUAAUUUCUGCCACGUCAGUCACGACCGCCACUAAAACAGCAAAGUGCAAACCGGACUCCUGCUCACAGAUGGAUAUUAAAAUGAACAUGAAGGUACAGUUCUGUACAGAGAGACGUGCGUUAGGUUAUCACUUAGAGGAAGGUGUUGCACAGGGACAAUCGUCGUCUGGUUGUUACUGCAUCUGUUUCCACGCUGUCUGAUGAAUCGUCUCCAUGUUUCAGACCCAUCUGUCACAUUAAAUCAUAUAAUCUCCGCUGAAGUUAUGUUUUAAGUGUGAAUCCAGAGUAGAAAGCAACGUGUGUCGACCUGUGUUUGUGUAGAAUCACCCCCGCAGCUGUCGAUCUUUUAAAAGGUAGACUCAACAGAACCAGAAUACUCAACAUUUUAAUUCUCUUGCUUUCUGCAUUUGGGUUUUGAGUCUGAAUCUGCUCAUGUGCCACACUGUUGAACGGACCUUUUAGAAUUCCUCCGCUGUUCUUGUCAUUGUGCGUCUUGUUAAUUUCAACACCAAAUAUUCAAGUGUUAGGAACGCCAAGUUUUAUUUAUUCAAUGUUUUUCAUUUUUACUUUUGUCCCCACGAUAUCAAACACUCCUCCGUGUUGCUCAUGUCAGGAAUCAAAAAUCUGCAAAGUAAUCUUUUUAGAGUGGAGGCCAUUAGACUUAAGUUUUCAGAAAUAGAAUAUAUAUUGCCAUUUUUAAAUGUGUAAAUUUAUCAGGGAAAGGGAUGACGAUCAUUUGUCACAUAAUGUUUCUAUGUAUUAGAUCCCAUUCGUGUCGCAUCUAGGAAAUGACAACUUGAGUUUAUUUGAAUCUAAAUAAAUUUAUCCCACUCUUUA